AUGGAACAAAAUGAACGGCUUACCAAGAAUCUGCAACAUACUCGUGAGCUGUUGAGUGAUUCUGAGGCAACGAAUGCAACGCUGGUUGCUCAGAGUCUGCUUCUGAAGGAGGAAAUUCGUCGUAUGGAAAGAAAUGAGGAACGUUUGAGUCACAUUGAGAACAGCGAAUACUUGAAGAAUGUUAUUAUCAAGUUUCUCUGUCCGGAGCGAGUGUCUGGAGAACGUAUGCAGUUGGUUCCCAUUCUGACUACCAUGCUUCGCCUUUCUCCUGAGGAAACUGAACGUCUCAAUCGCAUCGCUGCUCAAGAUGGGCAACGUAAAGUUUACUAG